UCAAGGUAAACGGAAAUUUUCGAUUUUAUCACACCACAACUAUUGUCUCAAUUUACAUAAUGAUAACGUCAUAGUUAGAAUGAAAAGAAUUGACAGAUAUAGAAUACAAUGCUUUGUGUUGUAAGUGAUUUCAAUCAAAAUUUUAAGCAAAUUAAAUGUUUUAGAGCUAGUUCAGGGGAUAACCUACUGAAAAGAUAUAUUAGCCUAGGUAGCGACAUAGUUAGGUCCAUUGGUGGUUGCGGAGAGGAAGAACCAGGGAGACAUUUGUUCUUUGAAUGUUCUAUAAUUUUGGACGUAUGGAGAGGAAUGUUAAGAUGGAUGGGGAUUUGUGCUGUUAUGUACGCCAAUCAAUAAACACAUUUCUAUCAAGUUAAUGGUUUAUUGUGUGUGGGUAUGGUGUGUUUGGUAAAUACGUUAAGUGGUGAAUAGGAGGGUGUUUCAGAAUAAUUUUUGUGAGCUGUAAGCCUGUAAAACGUAGUGGAAGAAGUCAAGAGGCUUUCUUGGAACUGGGUCUGGCUGAUCUUUAGAACAAAAGGAUUCCAAUACUCCUUCUUCAAGUGGGAGGCCAAUCCCAUUGCGUGCUUUGGCAUGCCUUCAUUUAUAAAGAUUAGAGGAAUUGUUUGAUACUAAAAGUUUGUUGGCAUGGAGGUUGUAUGUGCUGAUUACUGUUGGACAUCUUUGCAGUAUAAUUGAUGCAGCGAGUGAAUGUAUUAGGUGCAGAACUGGGUUGCUUACUGAUAGCAGAAGGUGAGUUGUUGCCAGAUAUGUGGGAUGGUUAUGCUACUUGAUGACCUGCAAAGGGUCUGUAACUCUAUUGCCAAAUUAAUCUCUCCAAGUAUAUAAGGGGAUAUAUGGGAGGGAUUGGAUGGUUUGGAGCUGAGCCAGUGUUGUUAAAUAUCGGUUAUAUCGCCGAUAUACCGGUUUUUCAUAUCGGAAUUUGCCUAUCCGAUACGAUAUCCGAUAUUCCGUUUCAAUUUCGCGACGCUCCGCAUUUCGGCCGUUUUCUAGUAUACCGGUAUACCGGUUUUGAAGUUCAUAUCAGAAUUUAUAUUUUUCUGAUCAUUUUUUUAAUAAGUUAUAUUAAAAAAUAACUGAAAUAUUGAAUGUGAAGAGGUGGAAGGAAAAAGUAGGCUACGAAGAGGUGGAGAGGUGGCCAGUAAUAAUUAGUAAGUAGGCUGUGAAGUGUGAAGAGGUGAAGAGGUGCAGACUAAUCAAGUGAAAAUAUGAAGAGGUAAAGUAAUAUUCCCUCCGUCUCAAAAUUGCAAAGAGGACACCUAUUGUGAGAUGGAGGGAGUAAUAAAGUGGAGAGUUGUAUGGAUAUUAACAUAAUCUUGGUAGUCUCGAAAAUAGAAGUGAAUGUGAAGAGGUAUAUUAAUUGGUGUGAUUAUAUAUAGGACUAAUAGGAGUCAUAGUCCAUCACCAUAAAUUUCUCUUCACUAUUUUCUUUCUUCACAUUCAUUCUUCCUGGUCAUUCAUCUCGUCUAGGAGUUACUGUAUUGAUAUCUUUCUAGCAUUAUGGGUGAAUUCACAAUUCAGAUUAGCAAUGACCUUGUUAAUAAGCUUGUUGAUGCUCCAGUGAUAAAGAAGAAAACUAGAAGGGUCAAACGUAAGGUGGCAAAAGAAACUGAAAAGCCCCAAUAUAAUGUAGCUGAAAAAACCAAGAUUGCACCUGCUCCAGCAUGGCCAGUGCAGGCCCCUUUGUUUGUACCUGCAACAUUGCCAGUACACCCUUCCCAGUCAGAGUUAGAAAGCAUUCGGUCUGUGCUUCAUGAAAGUGAGAAGGUUUUGGAAAGAUUGCAGAAGCAGGAGGAGCAAAUGUUGCAGGAAGUAACCGAAAAGGCCAAGGAUCUCCAUGAGAAAGAGUAUAAGCUUCCAGACCCAAAGCCUGAACGCUGCAUGGCCGAGAGGCUUGCUUCGUUGACAUGUUACAAGGAACAUAUCAAAGACCCUUUGAAGUGCGCUGAUUUUGUUAACAAUUUUGCUGAUUGCUUACGUAGACUUGGCCCUUUAGGUGGCAAAUAAGAUAUACCGGGAAGUCGUUUAGAGGAAAAUUCAUAUGAAUGAAAUGCAAAUAAACUUGUAAACUACAUAUUGAUAAACAUUCUGUUGCUACCAAUUUUGUGUAACAUUUUCUUCCCAACAUUGAACUGUUUUCUAGUUCAAUGCAAGAGACACUGUCAGUUUGGAAUUUCCGUUA